AUGGAUGAGAGACAUUGGUGGAUAGCCACGAAGAUCCAGGAAUCGUUCCACAUCGGCGGUUUUCAUGAUAACCCAACAUUGUUGGAAGAUUUCCUGUGCGAGUCACAAACACUCGAAUUAAUAAACCAAUUUUUGGGUACAGGCGGACCGAAUAAACUAUUCUUCUACUCCGACCGACCACAGACAAGCACCUUGUUCCCGAGUGGUCUUCAAAGCACACGGCAGCUCCAUGUUGUCAGCUCUUUAGCUACUCUAAAAGAGGUGAACAUCGAAGAAACAACAUGUCUGUAUUUCCUCCGCCAUCAUGUCAACCACGAUGUGGACCCGGUUCACAUGGAGAAGGACAUCUUCUGCGGAGAGUUGCGACACAGUGUGUUGGACAACCUCAAUACUUUACUUUCGGACAUUUAUCUUCCUCUGCUACGAAGUCAGAAAGAUUGGGGUAAAUGUACCGAUGAGAAUGUUUCACAGUGUUUGAAUAGUUUGGAGAAAUAUGCGGCUGCUUUGUCUGAAACCGUCAACGUACCUGCAUCAGGGAGGCAGCAGGUUCUGAGACGUCCUGAUAACAUGGUGAGUCAGGAGUUUAGUAAACAUCGGACGACCUCUUAUGAUCACAGUAUCAUCUCAGAAUAUGAAGCUCUCGUAUCAGAAUGGAUUGCAACGAUUGAUAACGCACUAGCGGACGGGGGAGACGAGAGAUUCAUGGAUCCAACGUCUGGUCCGAUGAGUGAGUUAGAAAGAUGGAGAAGACGUCAGCGGAUGCUAGCAAACAUCAUGGAGCAACUCAAAGGCAAAGAAUGUAAGACAGUGAUUGGCGUUCUCAUCACAUCCAAGUCAAAGGUUCUUAAGAAAUGGAAAGCCAUUGAUGCAAGCAUAACGGAUGCAGCUAAUGAAACAAAGGAUAAAGUGAAAUAUCUAGAAGCGCUACGUCGUCAUUUUGAGCAUCUCUAUCACGGCGCCUCACCCUCAGAGAUUAUCAACACAGCUCUUCCUGCCUUAGCAAACAGCGUCAAACAGAUGGACUCUAUUUCUAGAUUCUAUGCACGCAGCGGCUACUUAGGUCUGCUCUUCACUAAGAUUACCAAUCAACUGGUAAAUGCCUGCAAGGAAUACAUCACAGCAGAAACAAUAACCCCCUCCCAAGAUGACUUACUGUGGCCCAAGUUCUAUGAAGAGAUAGAGAGUCGGGUCAAUUCCACUGAUCAGCAGGGGAGAACAACUCGGGCUGGAAGACGGAAGGGGAAAGAUCAGAAAGUUGAGGAGGAUGAGACGCUGAUUGGACGACUGAAGGCGUGUCUUCACCUCAAUAGUGUUUAUCGAGACACGAUUCGUACUCUACGAGACAGUCUAGGUGGAGCUCAUACCUUGAUGCAAUUCCCAUCCAUCAGUUCCUUGGGUGCUCCUACGUCAAGAGUCCGAGCUCAUUCCAGAGGUACCUUGACAUUGAUGGGGAAGGCUUCUAAGACACCAUCAGUUGCUGGUGAUUCUGAGCACGGUCACGGUGUCCCAUUCACUGAUGAGGAAUCCAUCUUUGGUCACAUGGAUUCAUUCUGUGCUCGUAUCAGACAAGUCAUUGACGCUGUGUAUACCUUAGUGCAAUACAGCAAGCUAGGACUGAGCACAGAAGGACUGCCACGCCCUAGGAGGGAAGAUCUGUUGGUUGAAGAUGAUGCUACGGAAGAUGGGAUGGAGAUUGCAGCACUAGGAGGAGGAGGAGGAGGUGGUAACCAGUCUGAGAAUAGUAGUAAGUAA